AUGUUUUACUCAGUGGUACUGUGUGUGCGUAAUGGGAGCAGACAGGCGGCCGGGAUCGCGCUGGGUAUACGGGGGCAUUUCCAAGGAGCUCUAAAGAGGUCAGACCUCUGGGCACCAGCUCACCCCGGUAACUCCUCGCCCCUGUCCCAGCAGUGGACCGGGUUAAGAGCGCUGUCUGCCUCCCCCCCGGGACCACCCCAGGAGACAGACGCAGAGGAGCACCAGGCCGGUUUCGGGUCUCUGUCUGCGAACCUCUCCUCCCGCAGAUCUUACAAGAAGACCAGCCCGUACCUGGAGGACAUGAAAUACCCCGAUGAUGAAGAUGAAGAUGCUCAAAGGGCCGUGAGGAGGCGUGCACCGGUCAAUACGCCCUACUGGUACUUUCUGCAGUGCAAGAAGCUGAUUCGAGACGGCAAGCUCCAGGAGGCUCUGGACCUGUUCAGUGGAGACAUGCUCCAGGGAGAGAGGCUGCAGCCCGAGGAAUUCAAUUACAAUGUGCUGAUCGGAGGCUGUGGACGGGCUGGUCAGCUCAAGAAGGCUUUCAAACUCUAUAAUGACAUGAAAAAGCGUGGUUUGGAGCCUUCUGAUGCAACCUACACGGCUCUGUUCAAUGCCUGUGCUGAGUGCUCUUUCAAACAAGCCGGGCUGCACCAGGCUGUGAAGCUGGAACAGGAACUACGGCGGAAGAACUACCUCCUCAGCACCAUCACGUACCACGCUCUUCUGAAGGUCCACGCGGUCAACAACCACCUCCAGGCCUGUCUGCACACGCUCCGGGAGAUGCUGGAGAACGGCCAUGUUGCAACUCAGGAGACGUUCCACUAUCUCCUGAUGGGAUGUGUGAAAGACAAGGACUCUGGGUUCAGACUGGCCCUGCAGAUCUGGCGUCAAAUGCUGAUUUCUGGUAUUCUCCCGGACUCUAAGAACUACACAGUCCUGCUCCGUGCUGCCAGAGACUGCGGGAUCGGGGACCCUGCGCUGGCCUCGGCUGUACUGCUCAGCCCUACAGAGAAGCCUCGGAGGGACAGAACAAAGAAAGGGACUCCAAAAAACAUGAUUAAUGUAGAUGUUUUAGAACAGCAACUGUUUAUCCAAUCAGGACCAGAGACUCCCAAGGCUUUGAUCAAACCAGACUCAGCCCUUAUUCCAAUAGCUGAUGAUUUGCCUCAUACACUCCCUGCUAAUAUUGAAGAGUUCUCCUAUUGCCCCAAUCUGCUGGAUGUGUUUGAAGGUAAAAAUACUGGGGUGGUGUCCCUGCGUGCCGGACCGGGUGUGUCUGAUCGCCUGGCUCUCAUUGGAGGAGCUCAGGGCUUUCUACAGAGUAUGGAGGUCAGAGGAGUCAUACCGGACUUGAAGACUUUGACCCUGUUGGCUGACACUGCGGAGCCCAGUCGGGACACGCUCUCCUUGCUCCUGAGAACAGCCAAGCAGCAUCGGCUCAAACUGGACGUGGCCUUUUUCAACUCUCUGAUCCGCAGAGCAGCGAAAGCAGGAGACAUGGAGACGGCACAGGUUGUGUUGAGUACUAUGCGUCAGCGUCAUGUGAGCGUGGAUACACAGACUUUUGGAUGUCUGGCUCUGGGCUGUGAGAGGGAGAGGGACGCCCUGCAGCUGCUGACCAACAUGGAGGAGCUGGGGUUCAGGCCAAACGUUCACGUGUUCUCUGCGCUGAUUGGCCGAGCGGCACGCAGACUCGACUACAUGUACCUGAAAAAGCUUCUGGUCCUGAUGAAGGAGAAGGAGGUGUGGCCCAAUGAGGUCAUCAUCAGGCAGCUGGAGUUUGCAGCUCAGUAUCCCCCAAACUAUGACCAGUACAAACGGAGAAACAAUUAUUUGGUGCACAUCGAUGGUUUCCGUGGUUACUACCAGCACUGGCUGAGGACCGUGCCGGCACAGACAGCAGAGCAGACAGAGACUCAGCCGGGGACCCAGACGCAGCCAGAGCCGGUGCAGGCGAUAGAGGGCGGAGCAGAUGGGCCGUCCGAGGCUCAGAGGAACCAGAGAGCUGCAGCUAGGAGAUACAACUCUAAGAAAGGGGAAAGCAGGGCCCGCUCUGCUCUGUGA